AACCUUUGAUUGAAAGAAGCUUUUCUCUUAUGUUAAAUGUCAAAAAGUCAAAGAAGAAGUUUGACUUUUUCAUGCUCAUAUAAAAACAAUGCAAACUUUUUUGUUAUGAGAAUCAUAAAUUCGAGAAAAGUAUUGAACUUUGUGACGAUUAAGCGAAGAUGGAGAGAGUGAGAGAUUGUAUAGAGGAAAUGGUGAAGUUCACACUUACUCACCGUUCAGAUUUCGAUAUAGAGCUUACCGGAGAUUUCUGCUCCGGUCUUCUUUCCGGCGACUCGCUUCUUCACGCCGAGACUGUAGAAGCAUUUGCAGGUGUUGCUGAGUAUCCUCUGUACAAGCGUCUAGCUUUAAGCCUGCUGAAAUCGAUUGCUUCUGGUUGUUUCUGUGGGGGUUUUGAGAAGGUUUCGUUGGGGAAAGAGGUUAUGUGGUUGAAGGAGAAAGAGGAGGAGUGGAGCAAGCUGAUAAUCCAAAAGGGUUCUGAGUUAGUCUACGCCUUGAAGUAUGUAGCUUGUGAGCUUCAAGUUCAAGAGCCCUUGUUCUCCCUCAUGAAAGAUGGCGUCAAAACAGUUGAGACAAGAUGUUUUGAAGCGGAGUAUGAUAGACUUCAAGAAAGAGGCUCUCUGGUUUUGAUAAACAAAUGUCUUACAUUUGAAGUUAUAGAAAUGCACAAGUAUUCAUCUUUUUAUGAGCUGUUAAAAGCCGAGAGUCCAGAGAAAGUCUUUCCUGACACUAAAACAGUUGAAGAAGGUAUGCAAAUGUUCAAGAGGUGGUGUGAUGUUGUUGAUCAAGAGAAGAAGAACAAUGGUGUUGUGGCAAUCCAUCUUAGUAAAUCAGUUUCUCAGCCUUGUGUAGCUUUGUCUCACAUACUCUCUGGCUUGAGUUACACGGGUGUGCAAAGCCUUCUGGGUCUUUCUCACACCAUUGGAUCCAUUCCACAUGCGCUGCCUCCUCCAAGAUCGGUUCUUCUCUCUUCCUUUAUGCUUCCAUAUAAACCAAAGAUAAAAGGUUGUAGAUUGAGCCAUGGAGCUAGAGCAUUAUCCAAGCAUGUUGAUCGAAGUAGUGAUGGAUUCUGGGGUGUUCUUUCUGGAUCCGGUAAGUAAAAUUCAGAUAAGAAUAGGCUUGCGAUGGACAUUAUCAAUAGCUUCAUUGGCCAAUGUUGUUGGAUGAACAUACACAUAGUUCCACCUCACGGGGAAGUGUUCGAGAUAAGAGUAGUUCAAGGAUAUGGAGCACGUUGGUCUCGAGAUGGAACCAAAGUAUAUUAUUAGCUUUGAACUUAUCUCUUAUGUUUUGAUCAACGAUUGGUUUACUACUGAUUGGUGAAAAAAUGUUGUAAUUUUGUUUAUGUUUGCAGUUCAUUGGAUUUCUUGAGCCUUACAGUAAAGAUGGCCACUCCAUGGCCUGGAAGCAUUAGGACCCUCACCUGUAGUUGAAUCUUUUUUUUUUUUUCAGCAAAAUGUAAUGUCCUCUGGUCAUUUUUUGUUAGUACAAGUAAAAUUUUGGGUAAGAAAGUAGUAAAAACAAAACUAAAGGGACCUAAA